AAAAUUCAUCAUUCAAAGUAAUGGUCAAUCAUCAUUUGUGAUAGUUCCGUUGAAAGCUAAACAUCAAUCAAAAUAAAAAUUUCUUUUGUUUUGUGUUUUGUGUGUGUGUGUGUGUGUCUUACAAGCUAUUGUUUUUUUCCAGCAUCAUUGAUGGGUGCAAGUGUUUGUCGAAAUCUUCAUAUACCUGUGUCGAACACAGUACAACGUCGUCAUGAUUUGAAAGGUUCACGUUUUGAAGAUGAAUAUCGUCGUAAUCAUAAACGUCUAAAUAUUGGCAUUGGUAAUAAAAAUAAAAAAAAUAAAAAUAAAAAUGGUAUUAAACAACGUGUACAAGUACAACCAAUUGGUGAACGUUUAGCCGAAGUGAAUUCAUCAUAUUUAAAUCAUAAUAAAUCACAAAUAUCAUUGGAUCAAACAAAUGGUUUCAUUGAAGAAUUGAAUUGUGAAUAUUGUGAAAAGAAUACAUUAAUUGGUGAUAAUAAAUCAGAUGUUCUAAAUAAAAAUAAUCACCAAAAGCAUCGUAAUAAUCAACAACAUCAACAUCAUCGUACACCAUUGCCGGAUCAACGUUUUGAAGCAAUAACUGUAGUACCAAACAAUAAAAUGAAUAAACCAUUGGUAAUGGAUAAAAUUAUGAAUACACCAACAUCGAUGUUAUCAGGUGAUGAUAAUCGUAAUGAUGAUGAAAGUAAUCCAGAAAAAUCCGAAGAAAAUUCAUUAUCGGAUCCAUCAUCAUCAUCAUCAUCACCACCACCAGCAAAUGAAGAUUCAUUUCCAGUAAUAUCUGAACAUGAUGAUGAUGAACGUUUACCCGGUUCGAUUAGUCCAAUUCUUUAUCAAUCAAUAUCGACUAUUCCAAUGUGUAUUGAAGAAGAAGAAGACGAAGAUGAUGACAAUGAUGAAGUUAACGAUGAUGAAAAUGAUGAUAAUAUCAAUGAUUUACCGGGGAAAAAUAUCGAUGAAAACAAUCGUAAAGAAAUGUUAAACAAUCAAUUUAUGGCUAUAAGUAAUCAUAAAUUUCCACGUAAAAAAUGCCGCAGUCUACCACGAUUGGAUAGUAAAUUUAAUCUUCUCAUACAAAAUUGGAGUGAUCUUGAUUUAUUACCAAAUGAAUCGGAAGAUAAUAUUGAAAACAAUCAUGAUGAAAAUAAAUAUUGUGAAUUUUGUGAUUAUAUUAAUGGUACGGAUAAAACACCUACAUGGACUGAUCUUGAUAAAGAUGUAUCAAUGUUGAUGAACAUGGCCGAUCGUCUUGGUAUGAUGAUAAUGGAAAAAGAGAAAGAUAAAGAAGGCAGAGUACAAAAAAUCACCAAUAAAUCUGUCAUCUAUAAAAAAGAAGAUAUUGUUGAAGAGAAAAAAAUUUCACUUUCAUAUCUGGAAAAAUUGAACAAUUCAAUGGAUCUGAAACAAAAAGUACAUUUUUUACGCCGUAAACGACAAGUUGGCAUAUCGGUAAUGAAAACAUCCGGUGGAAAAUGUUUGAUGGAUUUUAAUGAUGGUCAAAAUACCUAUCAAAUACAAAUAUUCAGGCCACAAAAUUCCACUGAAACAGCACCAGAUGAUGAUAAAAUGAUGGCUGAAGCGGCUAAAACAUUGACAUCACAUGAACAGCAACAGCAGCAGCAAUCAUCAAAUUUAACAAAAACAACACCAAUUUCCAGAUCUGGUAGUGGCAGUGGUGGUGGUGGUCAUCAACAAAAUUUUGAACCAAUUGUCGAUACAUUAGAAGUUUGUGAUAAAGCGGCAGCACGGUAAGUGUGUUUAAUUCAUUUAAUGAAUGAAUGAAUAGCCAACCAGAAUGGUAAACAACACAUUAAAUUGUCGUCAAUUGCA